AUGAGGAUAAAAACAGCGAAAUGCCAAUCAUUUGAGAUAAUAUGGGGCAUACAACUAGAGAGACAUGCUAAGGUGGCGCCGCCAAGGUGCCCCCGGUACUGCUACCCCCUUGCGGUAUGCGUCAGUACCCUGCAAGGCCCCUUUGGGUCUGAGGGAGUUAACAGCUCUGUUAAUCUAUUCUGUGACAAUGCAAAGAUAUUAAAGCUUCAUCCACUUAUGACUUGGGCGAUUAACGACCAAAACUGGCACGCUCACUCCUUACCACAAGGCAACACCACCCGCCUGAUGCGACCCGUGUUCGUCCAUGAUGUCAUUGCUCCUGAUUGGACAUCCCCUUUGCAUGAUUCCGUAGGAGUGAGAAGAGAGCACGCCUGUGCCUUUACUGCCUUACUGCGUGUCCUUAUGGAGAGCCAAUCCGAAUGCGCGAUGGUCACAGAUGCGUCCCCGACCGAGGCCCCCCUAAAGGCCGGCAGACUUGCCUCCUCCACGCAACAGAAUCAGCCGCAGCAGCAGCACCCAAUACCACCGUCUGAAAAGAAAGAGUAUCCGCAGCUUGACGAGGAAGCCGUGACACCAGAUGGUUUAAUGGCCCGUAAAGGUUAUACACCCCAAAGUUCCCGGCAGCUGGUUGCUUCCCCAGUUUCCAGAAGCGAUGCAGACACGCUUCGUUCUGAAGAUUCGAGGCCUUGCGAGCCUCAGCAGAACGCAGCAACAACCGUCCCAUGCGUUCGUGUGCCUGCCCCCGGUGGGGGGGGCUCUCUGGUGGUAGAUGUGGCAGUUGUUGGCUCCAGCCUCUCCAGUACCCUCGUGUGUGCUGCUCUAAGCUGCAGGGGUUUCCGCUGUCUCCUCUGCGAGCCCUCCGUGUCUUAUGGGGGCCCCCAUCGCAAUAUGCGGCUGGCAGAGCUGCUGCAGUGGCUGGACGGGUGGCGGGGCCCCCGAGGGCCCCAUGAAGCCCCUUGUGAUGCAGAUGACGAGGAGCUGCAGCAAACUCGAAAGAAGGGGCUGGAUGCCUGCCCUUGCAGCUGUCACAUGCCGGAAGCCGACAGGAGUGCACGCACUGCCAGGUCACCUCAUGAGGGGGCCCCCGGAGAAAAGGGGCAUCCCCCAGAAGGGGCCCCUUGUCCUUCGGAGGAGGCACGUGGCACUUGCGGGCAUCCGAUCCCCAGCGUAAGCUCCGCCUCCGAGGAGCCUUUGGGGCUGCUUCGGCUGUUGCACUUGAGCGGCAGUAGCACCAGGAGACAGUGCCUCCUAGAAGACACUCCGAAUGGGGGCCCCCAUGGGCCCCUCGGCCCAGACGAUACCCUCUUGAAGGCGAGCAGCAGCAGCCCCUUUGGGGGCAAGUGGUACUCUUUCGGGCCGUUUCUACAGCCGGCGGAGGCCCCCGGAGCUGCUGCGUUAGAGGCAGGAGACAGAGAUACUGGGGGGGAAACAGAGACAGAUGCCAGCAGCACUGACUCGGCUUCCACGGAUGCAACAGCGGAAACAACAUACACGGCAACAACCAGCAGCACCACUGACACGGCGCAAACUUACAGAUCCUCCAGAAACGGGGCAAGGCCGCCCCCUCUUCUGCAGCCAAGAGCGGCUGCUCCUGCUGCUGCACAGCCUGCUCCUGCUGCUGCUCCUGUUGUUGCUGUUGCACCGCCUUCGAACGCGUCUGCUCCUGCUGCAACCGGGCAGAGGGGGGCGGGACCCUUGAGUAGCCCAGCGCCUUCGCUGCAGAUGCCACACGGAGACUCUCCGGCUGCAGAGACACCGCACCAGCUGAUUCAACAGCAGCUUUCAGACCAGCAACAGCAGAUGCUGCAGCAAGCGUCUAGCUCGUACCGUGACCCCCUGUCAGCUGUCUUGCAUCCCAGGAGGCUGGGGGAGGCAGGUGUUUCAGAACCUGUCGGUGACGGCAGCAACAGUCCUCAGCCUUCCCCCGCCCCCUCUGUGUAUGCGGCUUCUGAGCAGUCCCUUGUGCCUCUCUCAGCGGUGUCAGGAGCACCAACAGACGUCGGUGUUGCCGAGGCAGUGGAAGUCGCAGCAGCAGAAGCAGCGACGGCGGCAGCUCAGGCAGCGACAGCAGCCGCAGAUGCGGCUGCUGCAGACGCUGCAGCGGCAGCAGGAGAGCCCCCAGGCAGCGUAGAGGCCCAGAGACUUCAGAUGCGGCACGAGCUCAUGGCCGAAGGGCCCCGCUUCCUUAUAGACCUCAUGCCCAAGUGUAUAUACACCUCGAGCGACAUAGUCAAUGUGCUGCUGGAAAGCGGAGCUGCAAAAUACCUGGAAUUCAAGACCUGUGACGCCGCCAUCCUGACGGCAGAGCUGUCUCAGCAGCAGCAGGACGAGGAGUUUCAGCAAGAGAAUGCGAAUACAACGGAUGCAGUGGUAGCAGGCCUUAACUCGUACAUAGCAGCGGAGUCGGCCGGCGGUAGUGUGGGGCCCGAAGGCGCCCCUGCUGUGGGGCCCCGUCGCCCCCGACGCUUGAGCGGUGGCGUUGGUGUUGGGGAGGCUCACCAUGGAGAUCAUCACGCGGGGGAGAGGAUUGCCAUGGAGACCACUCCUAUGAGCAAGGGACAGAUCUUUCAGUCGCAGCACCUGAGUCUCGCAGAGAAAAGGGCUCUCAUGCGCUUUGUUGCUGCUGCGGGAGCGCCUCCUCCCAGCACCGUCAGUGCGCCGUUCUCCUCUGCUGCGCAGUGGACUCCCCAAGCACCACCACAAAGCACAGCAGCUCAAGAGGGCCCCUCCUCACAGGGGGCCCUGUCCAGCUGCGCUCAGACAGCACCCUCCCCCUGUACGCCCUUAGUUGGAGGUGCUGAGGAAAACGACUGCUGGGACUGCUUCUUAGAGCGACAGGGCCUAAAUGCGCAUCUCCGCAGGCUGCUGACGUACGGGGUGUGUCUCUGUGACUUGCCACUGCUCCCCACAGCAGCAGCUGCUGCUGCUGCUGGAACGGCGGAAGGAGAAAUAUGCAGUACAGCAGGUCAUGCCCGACGGUGGCGUGUUCGAGAGGGGCUCACAAGGCUACAGCUGUUUGUAACGGGAUGUGGAAAUUAUGGCUGCAAAUGGGCACCCUUGCUCUACCCUCUCUACGGCUCUGGAGACCUCCCCCAGGCCUUCACUCGCGCCGCUGCCCUUAGUGGGGCCCUCUGCAUGCUGGGUGCUCCUAUAGAGAGGCUGCAAUUUGUCGCUCCUCCCUGUUGCCAGCAACAGCAGCAGCCGCAGGCGCAGCCGCAGCAACAGCCGCAGCAACAGCAGCAGCAACAGCAGCAGCAACAUCAACAGCAACAGCAGCAGCAACAGCAGCAGCAGGCAGUGGAAGAGGAGGGGAUGGAGGCUCCGCUGCUGCAGCUUGCGGCGCAGCUACAGCAGCGGAGUAGCUGCAUGGUGUUGCACUGCAGCAACGGCGAGAGGGUAGCAGCAAAGCUGCUUCUGUACGAGAGUGGCGCUCUUCCAGCACCGGACGUAGAGCCAUUGAUUCUGCGGGGACAGGCGCAGGCAUUUUACAGUUGCGUUUCGCGCAAGCGUCAGCCUAAAGAAGACCCUUCCCUUGGUGCUGAUGGCAAGGAUGGCAGAUCAGCAGCUCCAGUGGAAAAUGUAUUUACCGCAACAGCAUCGGCUGCAACUUUUCCGGAAGGCCAGGAGGAACCCGUGCUUUCGGAGAGGGCCCUCGAGCUUCCUUCGGUUCCUUCUAGCGAAGACAAAGUGUCCUCUUGCUGCCGACUUAUAGCGAUUUGUACAGAGCCUGUUCUGGGGGGGUCCGGAUUUAGAAUGGGGGUAAUUGCGGUGCGUGCAGCCGUUGGGAACAGAGCUUCUCCGGUGGGGGCUGCUGGGGAGGGUGGCAGCAGUUGUGGUGGUACUGGUGAGGUGGAGGUGCCUGUUCAUGUACUGCAAACAGACGCAGCGAGCGCAGUUGCUCCAAAGGGUUACUUCUUGGUGCAUCUCUCGCACGCGCGGUCCGCCGCCAUCCCUUGCUCAAGGGACUUGCUGCUUGCACAGAAGCAGCAGCAGCAGCAACAGCAGCAACGAGAAGCCUCUUCGGGAUCGGCAGUUUCGUCUACGCCUGCAGCCUGCGGCUGUUGCAGCAGCGGGGUGAGUCGAUGGCGCUGUGCUGGGGCUGGAGGGCAAGACCCCACAGCAGUUCGGUCAAGUGUAUCUACAGCUUCUUGCUGCUGUGGGGCAGAUGUCCACUGCUGCGCUGUCCUGCUGCGGGUCCUGAGGGGCCUUCUGCGGUCUUUGGGGGGCCUUCGUUCAUGCUACUUUCUCUGUUCGUUCAAUUACAAUCGACAGGUUACGGCUUUGGCAGCAGCUACAGCGGCAGCAGCGGCUGCAGUGCCGCUGCCCGCCUCGGUUGCACAGCCAAAGCAGGUAGGUGCCUCAGCAUUAGAGGCGCAACAGGCGGAAACUUUUGCAGUCCCUGCAGAGGCGGAAGCGUCUCCUGGGGGGCGAUCUCCUGCAUCAGAGUCAGCGGCAGCUCUCGCAGUGUCAGCAGCACCGCCAACAAGCGAAGCAGCAGCGCUUGUUGGGGAACCGAUCCAGACAGAUGAUCCGGAGGUGCUGGUCCUCUCUAGCGUGAACAACGACGGCCCAGCGUCCUUGUUGCCGAUGGAGGCAGCCCCAUGCGCAGUGCUCUCUCUACCGAAUGUGUGCGUAUCUCCUUGUUUCCCCUUGUUGCAUGACUGCGAAGCAGCCAGGCUGAUGGUAGAGGGGCUGUUGCGACAGCCGCUUGAGCCGCAGCAGCUUGUUGUAAAAGGGCCCACGCAAGCACAAGAGGAAGCAAGGGAUGCGGAGAGACACCUUGCCCAGACAUUGGACGAACUCACGGAUCUCAUUGAGUCCUCAGAAGCAGCAAUGCCUACACCUCUCUAG